AUGGAUGCUCAACCCGCUGGAUCGGAGCGGCCAGAGGACGGCACCGCCGCCAGGGACCCCAAAAGAGCCUGGCGAUACGACUGCCACGUUCUUAGAAUGCUGAAGGCGGCCGAGAAAGCUAUGAAGGAGGAUCCCCUUUCCGAAGACAGCAUCAACAUCAUGGUAGCUCUGCGGGAUCGCGUACACGAGGUCCAAGGGCGAGACAACUUGAGCUAUCCGCCCAUGGACCUGUACGAAGGGCUGGUUUCGGAGAAAGAUUGUCUAGAAGGGGGCGACCGCACCCACGAGAUCCUGAAGGAAGCGUUGAAUGCCUACAAGGAGGCCUAUUCAGGCGCGGAGACAGGUGACUGGAUCAAGCGCGCGGCUAAGGAAGGCCAGGAGCGGGUGAGGGCACUAGCUGGUGGAAAGUCGUUAGAAUGA